GCAAAAAUCUCUUCCCUUCUCGGGGCCCCAGGAGCCAGGCCGCCUCCCUCCUCCCUCCCCGCUGGCGGGGCCCUUUCCCAGCCCGGGAUCAGCAGCAGCGGCGGCAGCGAAGGCAGGAAGCGAAGCCUUGUUGAUGCUGUUCCAAGGCACGCCUGUCCGCCCUCCGGCGGCCUCUAGGCUCUUCCGGGCUUUUGACUUUCCCCCCCUCCGCGCAAGCGCAGUGCCUCACGAGGGGGCGGGGCUCAGAUUCCUGUCAGCGGCGGCGGCGGUGGCGGCGGCCGUCAGUGUGCCCUGAGGAGAAGCCCGAAACGGACCCUUUGGCUCUCCCUCUCCCCUUCCCCGCUCGAACCGUCUUCUCUCUGGACUCAGCCGGACUCAGUUCUCCACUCCGCAGAGCCGCUUUCCACGCCGCCGCCGUUCUCGUUGCUCGGCCGGCUGGGAAGUGACUGCCCUCGAGGAGGAGGAGGAGGAGGAGGAGGAGGAGGAGGAGGCAGCCACCCUCGCCUCGCCGCCCCCGGUUCGGUGCCCGCGGUCCCGGAGAGGAGGUGCCGCCGCCACCGCCGCUCCCCCCCUCCCGCUGCCCUCGGGCCGGGCUGGGUCGAGCUGCGAUGCCCUCGGACUUCAUCUCAUUGCUCAGCGCGGACCUAGACCUGGAAUCGCCCAAGUCCCUGUACUCGCGAGAUUCUCUGAAGUUACACCCAUCCCAGAAUUUUCAUAGAGCUGGACUAUUGGAAGAAUCUGUCUAUGAUCUUCUCCCAAAGGAGUUACAGUUACCUCCACCUAGAGAAACUUCUGUAGCAUCAAUGAGUCAGACAAGUGGUGGUGAGGCAGGCUCGCCUCCUCCAGCUGUAGUUGCUGCUGAUGCUUCUUCAGCUCCCUCCUCUUCCUCCAUGGGCGGUGCUUGCAGCUCCUUUACCACCUCUUCCAGCCCUACCAUUUAUUCUACCUCAGUCACCGACAGCAAGGCUAUGCAAGUGGAGAGCUGCUCCUCAGCCGUGGGGGAUGAGGGGUGUGGAUUGGAAUCUGAGCAGAGCUGCAGUAUGUGGAUGGAGGAUUCCCCCUCCAACUUCAGUAACAUGAGCACCAGUUCCUACAAUGAUAACACUGAGGUACCUCGUAAAUCACGAAAACGAAAUCCAAAGCAGAGGCCGGGGGUCAAACGACGAGAUUGUGAAGAAUCUAAUAUGGAUAUAUUUGAUGCCGACAGUGCCAAAGCACCUCACUAUGUGCUUUCUCAGCUUACCACGGACAACAAAGGCAACUCAAAAGCUGGAAAUGGAACAUUGGACAACCAAAAGGGAGCUGGAGUAAAGAAGAGCCCUAUGUUGUGUGGACAGUAUCCUGUUAAAAGUGAGGGGAAGGAGCUGAAGAUAGUUGUACAGCCUGAAACCCAGCACCGAGCUCGGUACCUGACAGAGGGCAGCCGAGGCUCAGUAAAAGAUAGAACACAGCAAGGCUUUCCAACGGUGAAGCUGGAAGGUCAUAAUGAACCGGUAGUGUUGCAGGUGUUUGUGGGCAAUGAUUCUGGUCGAGUGAAACCACACGGAUUUUACCAAGCCUGUAGGGUAACUGGACGAAAUACCACCCCCUGCAAAGAAGUGGACAUUGAAGGGACCACUGUUAUAGAAGUCGGCCUCGAUCCUAGCAACAACAUGACACUGGCGGUGGACUGCGUAGGAAUAUUGAAGCUGAGGAAUGCCGAUGUUGAAGCCAGAAUAGGAAUUGCUGGUUCCAAGAAAAAGAGCACUCGAGCCAGAUUGGUUUUUCGAGUCAAUAUCACAAGGAAAGACGGCUCCACUCUGACAUUGCAGACACCCUCUUCCCCAAUUUUGUGUACUCAGCCAGCAGGAGUUCCUGAGAUCUUAAAGAAAAGUUUGCAUAGCUGUUCAGUGAAAGGAGAGGAAGAAGUGUUUUUAAUUGGGAAGAACUUUCUGAAAGGAACUAAAGUUAUUUUCCAGGAAAAUGUUUCUGAUGAACACUCUUGGAAAUCAGAAGCUGAGAUAGACAUGGAAUUGUUCCAUCAGAACCAUCUUAUUGUGAAGGUUCCCCCGUAUCAUGACCAACAUAUAACUUUGCCUGUAUCAGUGGGAAUAUAUGUUGUGACCAAUGCUGGAAGAUCUCAUGAUGUUCAGCCAUUUACAUACACUCCAGACCCAGCAGCAGCUGGGGCUUUGAAUGUCAGUGUGAAAAAGGAGACGUCUAGUCCAGCAAGGCCUUGCUCUUUUGAACAAGCCAUGAAAGCAAUGAAAACAUCUGGAUGUAACUUAGAUAAGGUGAACAUUCUUCCUAAUGCCCUGAUCACUCCACUCAUAUCAAGCAGUAUGAUUAAGACUGAAGAUGUCACUCCAAUGGAAGUAACAGCAGAGAAAAGAUCUUCCCCUAUUUUUCAGACUACAAAGACAGUUGGAUCGACUCAGCAAACUUUAGAAACUAUUUCUAACAUAACAGGAAAUUCAUCUUUUUCAUCACAAUCAUCUUCCCACUUACCUUCUGAAAAUGAAAAUCAGCAGCAGCUUCAGCCCAAGGCAUAUAACCCAGAGGCCCUGACAACUAUCCAAACACAGGACAUCUCGCAGCCUGGGACUUUUCCAGCAGUUUCUGCUUCUAGUCAGCUGCCCAGCAGUGAUGCAUUACUGCAGCAGGCUACACAGUUUCAGACAAGAGAAGCUCAGUCGAGAGACACAUUGCAGUCAGAUGGCACAGUGGUUAAUUUAUCACAGUUGACUGAGGCAUCACAACAGCAGCAGCCGUCCCCGCUUCAAGAACAAGCACAGACAUUACAGCAGCAGAUCUCAUCAAAUAUUUUCCCACCGCCAAGUAGUGUGAGCCAGCUCCAGAGUACUAUUCAGCAUCUGCAAGCAGGAAGUUUUGCAGGUGGCACCGCUGGUGGCAGCAGUGGAAGUGUUGACUUGGUUCAGCAGGUUCUAGAGGCACAACAACAGUUAUCUUCUGUUCUGUUUUCUGCUCCAGAUGGUAAUGAGAAUGUUCAGGAACAACUUAAUGCAGACAUUUUCCAAGUCAGUCAAAUUCAAAGUAGUGUAAGCCCUGGAAUGUUCGCCUCAACAGAGCCUGCAGUUCAUACCAGACCAGAUAACUUACUACCUGGGAGGGCUGACAAUGUCCAUCAACCGACUGAAAACACACUGUCUAAUCAGCAACAGCAGCAGCAACAACAACAACAGCAACAGCAAGUGAUGGAAUCAUCAGCUGCAAUGGUGAUGGAGAUGCAGCAGAGCAUUUGCCAAGCAGCUGCCCAGAUUCAGUCAGAACUAUUUCCUUCAGCUGCUUCAGCAAAUGGAAGCCUUCAGCAGUCUCCAGUUUACCAGCAGCCUUCUCACAUGAUGAGUGCACUGCCUACCAGUGAGGACAUGCAAAUGCAGUGCGAGUUGUUCUCUUCUCCUCCUGCAGUUUCUGGAAAUGAAACGUCAACAACCACCACACCACAGGUUACAACCCCUGGCUCCACUAUGUUUCAGGCACCAAGUUCAGGAGAUGGAGAAGAAACUGGAACACAGGCAAAACAAAUUCAGAACAGUGUCUUUCAGACCAUGGUUCAAAUGCAACACAGUGGAGACAGCCAGCCUCAAGUAAAUCUCUUCUCAUCUACAAAAAAUAUAAUGAGUGUUCAGAAUAGUGGUACCCAGCAACAAGGGAAUAGCUUGUUCCAGCAAGGGAAUGAGAUGAUGUCACUUCAGUCUGGGAACUUUUUGCAGCAGUCUUCUCAUUCACAGGCUCAACUGUUUCAUCCUCAAAAUCCUAUUGCUGAUGCUCAGAACCUUUCCCAGGAAACUCAAGGUUCAAUUUUUCACAGUCCAAAUCCUAUUGUCCAUAGUCAGACUUCUACAGCGUCCUCUGAGCAGUUGCAGCCUCCAAUGUUUCACUCUCAGAAUACCAUUGCUGUAUUACAAGGCUCUUCAGUUCCUCAAGAUCAGCAGUCACCCAACAUAUUUCUUUCCCAAAGUUCUAUGAAUAAUCUUCAAACAAACACAGUAGGCCAAGAAGAACAGAUUUCAUUUUUUGCGGCACAGAACUCAAUUUCUCCACUUCAGUCAACAUCAAACCCUGAACAGCAAUCUACUUUUCAACAGCAGCCUCCAAUAUCACACAUCCCAACCCCUAUUCUUUCCCAGGAACAGGCACAAUCCACUCAGCAAGGUUUAUUUCAGCCUCAGGUGGCCCUUGGCUCCCUUCCAUCUAAUCCAAUGCCUCAAAGCCAGCAAGGAGCAAUUUUCCAAACACAGCACUCAAUAGUUGGCAUGCAGAGCAACUCUCCAUCCCAAGAACAGCAGCAACAGCAGCAGCAGCAACAGCAGCAGCAACAACAACAGCAGCAGCAACAGCAGCAGCAGCAGCAACAGCAGCAGCAGCAGAACAUUUUAUUCAGUAAUCAGAAUGCCAUGGCUACAAUGGCAUCUCAGAAGCAGCCACCACCAAACAUGAUAUUUAGCCCAAGCCAAAACCCAAUGACUAGUCAGGAGCAGCAGAACCAGUCAAUUUUUCACCAACAAAGUAAUAUGGCCCCAAUGAACCAAGAGCAGCAGCCCAUGCAAUUUCAGAAUCAGCCUACGGUUUCCUCACUUCAGAACCCAGGUCCUCCGCAGUCUGAGUCACCACAGACCUCCUUGUUCCAUAGUUCUCCUCAGAUCCAGUUGGUACAAGGGUCACCUAGUUCUCAAGAGCAGCAAGUAACACUCUUCCUCUCUCCAGCAUCCAUGUCUGCACUGCAAACCAGUAUAAACCAACAAGACAUGCAACAGUCUCCUCUUUAUUCUCCUCAGAGCAACAUGCCUGGAAUUCAAGGAGCCACUUCAGCCCAGUCCCAGGCUACUUUAUUUCACAACACUACAGGAGGCACAAUGAACCAACUACAAAAUUCUCCUGGCUCAUCCCAGCAGACUUCAGGAAUGUUCUUAUUUGGCAUUCAAAAUAAUUGUAGUCAGCUUUUAACAUCCGGACCAGGUUCCUUACCGGAUCAGCUGAUGGCUAUAAAUCAGCCAGGCCAGGCACAAAAUGAGGGCCAGGCUUCUGUGACAACACUUCUUUCUCAGCAAAUGCCAGAGACUUCCCCGCUGGCCCCGUCUGUGAGCAGCAGUCAGAGCAUGGAGAAGAUCGAUUUGCUUGUCUCAUUGCAAAGCCAAGGGAACAAUUUAACUGGCUCCUUUUAAUGUAAAUUCCAUGAAGAAAGAAAUGAUUCCAAGACGUCCUGAAAACUUGUGGUUCCGUGAAGAUUAUUGAACUAUUAUGGAGAGCUACAUUUGAGUAAAUGGAUAGAUUUCCUGGCUGUAAGACUACACCCAUACUGCCUGUUGCAGUAAUUCGCCACCAAUGUGCUUUUUGUUUCUAGUAACAGUGAUAACUGAGAAUCUGUUGGAUUUUCCAGCUGUGACAGAAAUGUUUUUGUCCUGGGUUUUAAAGUGCAAAGCUGGUCCUCUCAGUUAUUAUUGCUAUUAGAAAAUCACAUUUGUCAUGUUUACUUACAUUUUUUUUCCUGCAUUAUUUUAGUCAAGUAAUGGCUUAGGACAAAGUAAAGUUUAGUAAUGAGUAAGUCUGUGAUUUUGUUGAUGUAAAAAACACAUGGAUGUUGGCCAAAGUGAAGGAGUUUCUUUCAGUUUUCAUGGAGAAGCUGAAGGGGAUAACUUACAAAAAUGCUGUAUUAAGAACUCCUCAUCACACACAUUCAGAUAACAUGCUUUUAAAACUGGAUACAGCUGGAAUGUUACUGAAUUUUUCAGAGAGUUGUUAGUUCUCUGUAUUUUCUACUUAGGGAUUUAGCCAUAACUGCAUAAAAAUAUUUUGUUCUAUGAAUGAAGGGGAUAAUACAUGACAUUAUGAUCUCAUAUUCUCCUUCAGUAGUUUAAACUGACAGUAAUUUGAGUCUGUUUUCUUCUAAUCCAGCAUUAGGCUAGUGCUCCCAUUUUAUAUGCAUCUAUAUUGUUUUCCUGUUUAGUUUUAGACAGCUAUUAAUAUACUACAGCUUUAUGACCCUGUAGUAAUUUAGAGAAGGCAGCCACAUUGAUCCAGUGACCUGGCAGUCUGCAGCACGGGGCCAGGAGUACUCUUUUAGGAUUAUUGGGAGUUGAUUCCUGAGAAAAAAACAAUUCUCUUUUUUUUUUUCUUCCAUGAACGGUGCUGUUCUGAAGUCUUCAAAUUUUCCCCUCUAAUGAAAAACAGUAUAAAUUUUUUUUUAACAGUAUAAAUUUUUACUUUACAAACAAGGCAAACAAAAAUUUCUCAAACUAUUACUUCUCCCUGAGCUGCAGUGACUAUAAUUCACUUGUCACCUCAGUGCUUUACAGUCGAAGUGGUCACUUAAUUGAUGUAAAGCCUUGGGCUUUACAGGGUCAUAUCACUGAUUAAAAGGAAGAAUUAACUUGUGUUACAUCUACAGAGAGCAAAAUUACACACUCCAGAACUCACAUUUGUAGCAUUAGUUGUAGAGUUUUGAGUGUUCUUGCCACCCGUGGGGUGCCUGCUCCUCACUACCACCUACAUCUGGACACAUGCUUAUGUCUCAUUUAUCUUUGGCAUGUGGAAAGAGUCGAUGCAGCAUAAGGCCAACGUGUGUGGCUUCUGUGUGCUCAUAUGUUUUGGUGUCCUGUUUGUUUCUUUUACUUCCUAAGUGUUUAAAAAUUAGCCAGUUUGUGGUUUUCUUUUCCAUCGCCUUAGUUUUCUUUUCAUUUUAUCUCUCCUUUCCUACACAUUUGUUGAGCUGUGUGGAGCUGUGUUGUUGGUUUUGUUUAUAUAGCCAGAUUCCCUCUUUUGUGAUCUUCUUUUGUUUUUCAACUGUUGUUCUUGUCAUUUGUUUUUUCUCUUUGUCCUUGUUUUUCUGCCCUAGCCCUUCUUUCUCUCUCUGAGAGGCAUUGGAUUACGUUUUCAGUAGUACAGGCUUCUUGCCGAUAUGAAGGGAACUUUCUAGAAAGAGACCUACUCUGGUCAUUUAAUUUUGAAAACAGUUUUCAAUCGUUCAAGUUUUGGAUGGUUUAUAUCUAAUGUGUGUUUCAUUUUUUUGGAAAGCUAUAUUUUAUAUUUAGGAAAUGGUAUACUAUUUUGCUAUUUGUACUGAGUGAGUACAUUGGCAUAAAUAUAGAAAUUUAUAUAUAUAUAUAUAUAUACAUAUAUAAACUAUUCUUUUUUGCCACACAUUUUUGUGGUAAAUUUGUGAGUUUGUCUGAUGUUCUACCACAACGUGGCGUCUGAUAACAGUGAGGGGUUUGUUAUGUCUUUAUUGAGUAUUUAAGUACCUUUUGAAACAAAUGGCCUGUUUAUCUGUAGCCAUUCCAUCAGGCAGUUCCUUGAUGUUACUAGUGAGCGAAAGGCAACUACUGUGUGUUUGCUGUGUCUUCACUCAGCAAGGUGUUAAAGAGCAAGGAAACUUAUUGAGGCAGUGUAUCAAAUGGUGUUUGACGAGAAUGAGCCACUCUGUCUUUGUUCACUAUAUAUUUAAUAUUUUAUUAUUGUUGUUCUUAUUAAUUGGCUUUCUGUAUCCUAUGCCUUUUAUUUAUAAAGACACUAAAAAUACCAUGUUUGUAAUUUUAAUAACAUUUUCCAUCUUUUAAUAGCCAGAACUACUUUAUAGAUUCUCUAAACCAAAAGUAUUUUCCUCAGUAUCUCCCUUCUCCCCCAUGCCCUACAGGGAAAAAUCACCCAACAUGGUUCAGGUUCUGAGAAGGGUCAGCCACACAAUUCAGUGCUUCAGCUUGAAAAAACACAGGGGACUCUAGUGUGCUAUCUGGAACAUCAGUGGAAGCAGACCCGUGAAUCUGCUUAGGAAAGACAGAAGUCAGAGUUUAAAACCACAUUGACUUCUGAGUUUUCUGGAUUACUUUCUGAGAUCAUGAGGAGACUCAGGAAAUCUGUUUAUUCCAAGAUGAAAUCGGAAUGUUUGUUGUGACUGCACUGUCAGUGAAGUGGCAGCAAGAGGUCUGGCUUGUGUGGUGACUUCUGUUUGUUCUGUACUAGAAGUUUAUCCUUAUACAGUGCUGAUUGGCAAUGCCGAGUCACUGGGACCAAUUUCUGUCUUAUACUGUCAGAGUGUAGAACAGAACAUCACCUGAACUGUAGUGGUUUGAGUGGAUGGAGGCAGAAACCCCAUUUUUAGUCUCUUCAUUUCUGUGGUUAUUUAUACAAGGGCUGUGCUGUGCUACCAUAUUCCUGUUCAAUAAUGAUGGUUUAUUUGUUUUCUUACAUUGUUAAAUGUUCCUUGCCCCUAAAGGUGUGUGUUAAGUACAAUGUUCUGAAUAUAUGAUUUGGUUACAAAAAGUAUGUGUCUUCUUAUUGAAGAGUUAGCUCAGUGGUUGAUACUUGUGCUAAGAAUUCAGCUUUUCAGUUCCUGUUACUUAUAGCUACCUGUGGGAAGACUCAGUGAGCCAGCAAAGACCUUGGGAAUCAGGAUAUAUUAAAUUAUCUGGCAGAAGGACCUAAAUAAACUGUGAACUACAUUUUAUUCCUUUGUUACAUUCAGUUCUUGCUUUCAGCAACUCACAAAAAUGCUUGGAGCUUAUCUCCCCCCCCCCCCAUGCUUUUGUGUCCUUGUUAUUCCACAGCAGGGAAAAAGACAAUUAGAUAUUUUUUUGUUUGUUGUUUUCAAGGCAGUGUUUCUCUGUGUAGCCCUGGCUGUCCUGGAACUCACUCUGUAAACCAGGCUGGC